GGCGUCUACCGCAAAUGUGAUGAAUGUAACAUUAGGCCAGGAAAGACAAUGGAUUCAGGACUCGGGCAUGGUUGGUACGAUCUAACGCCGCCUGGCGGCGUUGAUUGAUCCUGACAGGAUGGAGCAACAGUGUGUGGAGGAGCGUGUCUUAGAAUGGUUGCACUACAUCUACAGCAACGAUACCGCCCGGGCCAUCGUGCUGAACGCCGCUGAGUUCAAACAACGGCUGCUGUACAUCCUAGCGACCCGAUUCAAAAUGGACGAAACCGGUGCGAGCUACUACCUGCACGCGUUCGAGUACCAGAACAUUACCGAGCACAACAUCACCGAGGAGCACGUGAACGACUUUCUCCGGCGGGUGUUCCAAUCGCUCAACUUCCUGAACCGCACCCUGCCGGAUCAGGCCGAGCCGGACGAGGUGGAUGCGACCAACUGUAGCGAUUACUGCAAAGGUGCCGUACGGGAAAUUCUGCUCGAGUACAAACUGCUGCACGGCUACAUUUCACUUGUGAUAUGUUUCUUUGGCACAAUAGCCAAUAUACUCAACAUUAUAGUGCUGACUAGAAAGGAUAUGACCAAAGUGCCCAUCAAUCGUAUUCUAAAAUGGCUCUCGGUGACGGACAUGUUUGUAAUGAUCGAGUACAUCCCGUUUGCGUUUUAUGUGUACCUUAUUCUGCCGGACCGUCGAGACUACCCGUACUCCAUGGCCGUUUAUCUAAUGUUUCACAUGCACUUCACACAAAUCCUGCACACCAUCUCAAUACUGCUGACGGUUACGCUAGCGAUUUGGAGAUACAUAGCAAUCAAGCACCCGCACGGCUCGCUUGCCAUUUAUGCCCAGUCGAACUACGGUCAGGCGAUAGCGCUCUGCUACAUCCUGGCGCCAAUCCUGUGCUUUCCGACGUACUUCGUGUUCACCAUACGGCAGACGUUCGUGUUCGAAGGUGACACCCAGCUGAUACUGUUCCACGUGGAUACGGAUGAGAGCACCAUCGUCUACCGGUAUAAUUUCUGGAUCCAUUCGGUAAUUAUCAAGCUGCUUCCCUGCACCAUCCUGACCGUCAUCAGCUGCGUACUGAUUCAGGUGCUGUGGAAGGCCAGCAAACGGCGCCUGAAAUUGAAACAGGGCGGAAAUUAUUCGAAAAACGGUACCUCGUCCGUAACGCCACAGAGCGGUGGCGGCAGCAGUGGCGUGCUGCCACCCAACAGCAACGGAAAUCGCCACCCGAAAACGGAUCGGCGUGCGGAUCGGACGACGACGCUGCUGGUGGCGGUACUGCUGCUAUUUCUCUUCACCGAAUUUCCCCAGGGCAUCCUGGGGCUGAUGAGCGGUAUCCUCGAAAAGUGUUUCUUCCGCCGCUGUUACGGGCUGUUCGGCGAGGUGAUGGACCUGCUGGCCUUAAUUAAUGCUGCCAUCGGAUUCGUGCUGUACGGGCUGAUGUCGAAACAGUUCCGGACGAGCUUCAAGUCGGUUUUUUUCAAAACUCCAACCCAUAGGGCCGAGAUUACGCGCAUGACCGGCAUCACGACCACCUGUGUCUGAUCGUGCAACAGUGCAACGCGCGUCCUGCACCUUUCCACCACCCGUCCCCCUUCGGGCCAUUGACUUCCGGUGC